AAAGUUCAAACCUUAAACACAACACAACUACGUUACUUUUAUCCUCUAUUCCAUCCCUUAAUUUGUUUUAUCAAAAAACCAGACCCAGUCAUGGAUAUGCCGGUUGACAAAGACGACGCUCCCACUUCAAAGAGAACUUCCAAGAAACCCAUAUAUUCAAAAUUCUCACAGCAAGAACUCCCUGCAUGGAAACCGAUUCUAACACCUGGAUGGGUCAUUGCAACAUUUUCUGUCAUUGGAGUCAUCUUCAUCCCAAUUGGUCUAGCUUCCUUGUUUUCGUCAGAGAGUGUGGAGGAAGCUGUUUUCAGAUAUGAUGAGACUUGCCUUCCUCCCUCACAUGCUCAAAAUGCAGUGGCUUAUAUUCAAAGCGAUACCACCAACAAGACCUGCAUCACCAAAUGGACUGUUGAGCAUAAAAUGGAAGCUCCUAUUUAUAUCUACUAUCAGCUUGACAAUUACUACCAGAACCAUCGCAGAUAUGUUAAGAGUAGAAACGACAAGCAACUGUGGAAUAAGGCAGCUGAGGGGGAAACAAACAAUUGUUUUCCCGAAGACAAGACAAAAGAUAACCAGCCUAUUGUUCCCUGUGGCCUCAUUGCAUGGAGUAUGUUCAACGACACGUACAAAUUUUCAACCAGCAACAAGGACUUGACGGUCAACAAAAAGAACAUUGCAUGGGGGAGUGAGCAAAGGUCCAAAUUUGCCUCUGAUGUUUAUCCAAAAAACUUUCAGCGCGGAGAUUUGAUUGGGGGUGCAAAACUCAACGAGAGUAUACCCUUAAGUCAACAAGAGGAUCUGAUAGUGUGGAUGCGAACGGCAGCACUACCUACAUUCAGAAAACUAUAUGGGAAGAUAGAGGUUGACCUUGAAGUGAAUGAUGAGAUAGAAAUAGCAAUAGAAAACAAUUAUAACACAUAUGAGUUUGGAGGGAAAAAGAAUUUGGUUCUCUCAACCACAACUGUCAUGGGAGGAAAAAAUCCCUUCUUGGGGACUGCAUAUCUUUUCGUUGGUGGCCUAUCCUUGUUCUGUGCCAUAGCAUUCAUACUUCUCUAUGUCAUCAAGCCAAGACCUCUUGGGGACCCGUCUUACUUGUCUUGGAACAGAAAUCCAGGGAGUAUGAAAUGACAGCCGAUGGUUCCAAUCUUUCGAAUUUGACAAUUCUCUAUAUUUCACUGUGUGGCAAUGCCUCAUUCUGGGACUACAUCUCUUGAUUACGUGACCAACUUGAAACUCAGUGCAUAUAAACAUUCCUCUUUCUUUUUAUAAAUAAUAAAGGACUACGCUUAAAUUUUA